AUGUCGCUUGAUAAUCAGAUUGCAGAACCUUCGGGUGAGGAUCUACUUAUAGAAAAAGGAAAGACCUGUAGACUUAAUAAUUGCUACGAAUCCGCUUUUUCCUGUUUUAUGCAAGCCGAUGAACUGUAUAAUGAUUUGGUCGCUCAAUACAAUUUAGGAUUGAUGCACUACAGCGCUGAAGGAAGGGUCUGUGAUAAUAUCAAAGCCUUAAACUGGUUUGAAAAGGCUGUGGAAAAUAAAUCAGCCAAUGCCAAUCUGUAUAUCGGUCAUAUCUAUUUUAACAGUAAAUUUGGUGAUUGUAAGAUAUUUGAAGCUCGGGCACAGUUGCGAAUAGGAGAAAUCUACUUUUAUGGGUUUGAUACAUCCGUGGAUCGUACCUUGGCUUUACAAUGGUUCAUAAAAGCCACAGAAAACGGGUUGCACGAAGCCGUGGAUUUCAUUUUCAAGGAGUAUCUGUAUAAAAUCCCAGUUCCCGGAAUAGAUCACCUGUCCAUUCUCAGGUGUUUAAAAGUAUCAGCUGAACAUGGAUCCUUAGUAGCACAAUUAUGUCUGGGCAUAUCUUUUCAAAAAACCGGUAUUUUUUGUGACUAUGGAAAAGCAAUGCAUUGGCUACAUAAAGCUGCUGAUAUAAACUUUCACAAGGAAAGCAAAUGUAUUCAUCAAUGUUACAAAGCACAGUAUUAUAUUGAAAAACUCCAUGUUCGUGAUCUCGAUUAUGUGUUAGGUUUACAAUAUUUUACGGAGUCCGCAAAGAAUGGAAACGCUGCUGCCAUGUAUGAAGUGGGUGUAUGUUACCUACACGGAAAGGGCGUACAACAGGAUAACUAUUUGGCAAGUCAUUGGUUAUUAGAAUCAGCCGGAAAUGAAUACUUACCAGCACAAAUGCGUCUGGCCCAAUUUUAUCUUCAUACAGGUUUUCUAAUUGACAAGGUAAAGUCAUGGUAUUGGUCAAACAAGGGGAAUAAUGUUGACUUUCAUAAAGCAAGUGGGUAUGCCAUAUAUUGUCCGGAGACACAAUACUUUAUUGGAAAACUUUUUACCUCUGGGUUCAAUGACGUUAAUGCUUGUGAAAUGGCUUUAAAAUGGUUUCUCAAGUCUGCAGAGAAUGACCAUACACUAGCUAUGUAUGAAGUAGGUAUGAUAUACCUAGAAGGAAAUGGGGUUCAAAAACGAGGGGAUUUGGUACUCUAUUGGCUCACGCAGUCUGCUGAACGAGGUUUUGUGGAUGCACAACUGGAAUUAGGUCUCUUUUACCAAACUCCCUGAUCUGACGGACUAUAACAAAUCAAUGCACUGGUUAAGAAAGGCGGCUGACAAUAGCUCUUACAAAGAAAACAGCUCUAUUGAGAAACGUUAUGAAGCACAGUAUUGGAUUGGAAAACUCCACAAGUACGGGAUCGGUCGUUUGGUGGAUAUCGAUUUGGCUUUUGAGUGGUUCAUGAGCUCAGCAAAAAACGGGAAUGGACCUGCCAUGUAUGAAAUAGGUUUAAAUUACAUCCUUAGACAAAAUGAUGAACGCAACUUCAGAGAUUUAGCUUACGAGUGGUUUACAAAAUCAGCAGAACUAGACUACCUUCCGGCUCAAAUCUUU